AUGGCUGUCGCUGCUGACGGCGGCAUUGCCGUUCCGCGCAUACCUGACUUACUACGCACACCAGACGACCUUGAGAAGCUUGCCAACCUCAAAGCAGACCUCGUAAGAAGAAAGGCAGACGUGGAUGCUCGACUGAGAGAAGGUCUAAGUCAACACCUCGAGACAACACAGAAUGGCAUGUCAACAUUGGCAGAAGGUCAGAAAUUGGUGGAACAGAUCAAAGAAGAGAUGAAGAGCAUACAUGAUCUCUGCGAGCAGGCACAAGCUAUACGGAAGGACUUCCCUCAAAUCGAUUACCUAGCCCGGGUGCAUAGAAAUUUUGAGGCUACCAGGGCUAUGCAAGCAGGCUUGGACAGCUUCGAAAGAGAUUGCAAUGAGGUUAUGGGGCUGCUGGAGGCUGAUGAGCGUGAAGAAGAGGUACAGCCAAAUCUGCUCGAGGCACACAUGAAGAUUACAAAACUGCGAGACUUCCGCGACGAAGCUUUAGAUCAGAUCACAAGAGCCAAAGACGAAAGCUUGAGGCAUACCCUUGAGGAUUGGUUCGCACCGCUUGAGCGAGCUAUUGAUCUGUUUGAUGCUCACAUAGGAGCAAUUUGCAUGAAUGUUCUUACUCUGGUUCAGCAAGGAAAUGAUGGCUUGGUUGUCCGUCUUGCUAUCAUCCUCAAUGCCGAGGAAAAGAAUGACGAACGAGUACGAGCCCUCCUCGACGCGCAGAAAGACCACCAAGAUCUUGUCAGCAAGUUCACUUCCUUCAUAAUUGGUCCAAAAAGUAUUCGUGGUUACAAGGAGAAAUUUCUGAAGGCGGUCGAGCUGGUACUGCAAGAGAAGUUCAAAGACAUUCAAGAAGAUUUUGCAGCUGAUCCUGAGAGACUCGUAAAGCUUACCAAGUUCUUCUUCAAUGAUUUAAAUACUGUCAAGUUGGGUAUGCAAAAACUGUUCCCUAAGAAGUGGAAGAUCCUGAAGAUGUAUGUCAAUAUCUACCACAAGACGAUGCGAGAAUUUCUGCUAUCAUAUGCCGACUCUCAGGAUAUCACGCCUCCUCAGAUGCUCGGUGUGGUUCACUAUAUCGAUCCCUACUACGAGAGGAUGGCCAAACUUGGUAUUACACAGGACGAGAUCACGCCUCACGUUCUCGACAAUCGCGAAGGUGACCUGGUUCGAGAAUACAGGAACCUAAUCACAAGCAAGCUUGGACAAUGGAUUGAUCGGAUGCAAGUGAAUGAUCGGAAGAACUUCAUAGCAAGAACGUCUGAUGCCAUCGAACAAGAUAUUGGAGGACACUUCAGAACAAAGACGCUUGGUGAUAUGUGGCGUAUGCUGCAUGAGCAAACAGACUUGGCUGGUAGUUCCAGACGUGAGGAUGUAGUUGAAGGUGUCAUGUCAUCUAUGUGUUCCGCCUUGAAGCUGAGACAGCAACAGUGGGAGAAACUCAUUACAGAAGAGGUCGAUAAGUACAAGAACCCAACUCCGGAACUCAUGGAGACCAUGCAACCUUUACAAGAACAUCUACUCGCUAUUGCAAACGACCAGAUUGCAUGUGUGGAUGACUCGCCGGAUAUGGUCAAUGAUAUUACGGCACAAGCUGGAUAUCUGACACGAUUCAGAGAUCAUUUCUCACAGCUAGAAACUCCACCGUCGUCAAGAUUCCUAUCCACAAAUGCUGCUACAGAAGUCGAGGCAUUACGAGAUGCUUACGUCGAUCUAGCAACUCACGCAAUGGCAGCUUUCGUGAAGCUGAUCUUCAUGGUUGAUUUUAGGACCAUUACCAGUGAUCUUUUCGUACCCAAUAAGUGGUAUCAAGAAAGAGCCAUGGAACAGAUGGUCAGCACCUUUGAUGAUUAUAUCAGUGAUUAUCAUGGAGUGUUGCAUCCGUCGCUCAGAGAUAUACUCAUAACUGAAAUCGCCGACAACUUACUCAUCACAUAUUUGACUUCGAUUACUCGUAACAAAGGCAUCAAAUUCAGGAGACAGGAUCCUUUCUCAGCUCGUUUUCGAGACGAUGUCCUGGCGGCCUUUGACUUUUUCCAGAAACAGAAUCCUGAAGUCUUCAAUGAGGUGAUCAAGCCGAAUUGGAAAGCUGUCAACUAUACUGUGCAACUGCUCGAGAGUGACAAGACUGCCGUACCAGGUGUGUACGAGGCAUUCAAGCGAGAUUUCUGGGACCUACAGCUCGGUUGGGUCGAAACAGUCCUCAAAACCCGAGAUGAGUGGGAUCGAAAUAUGAUCAAUGCCGUCAAACGAACAGCGGCAGCCACUUAUGGCGAACGUGGUCAGGAAACAGUCAUGGGUAAAGUUACAGUCAAGUGA